AGACCCCACGCCGCGACUACAAAAUGCUGACGUCCGGCGCAGCUUCAGGUUUUGUAUUUCUCCUCAUCAACCUCGCCUGAUGAGUCCAAGUUGCUUUUGCGAUACAAUGACUGCCCCAUUCUACGAUGCGCUCGUGAUCGGCGCCGGUUUUGGCGGAAUCUACCAGCUCUACAGCCUGCUCAAGCAAGGCCUCUCGGUGAAAGUGGUCGAGCAGGCAGACGGACUGGGAGGAACGUGGCAGGCGACCCGAUAUCCCGGUGCGAUGAGCGACACAAACUCGCACCUGUAUCGCUUUUCCUGGGAUAAAGAGGAUCUGCUAUCAUACCCGUGGUCGGACAACUAUCUGGAGGCCAAGGAGAUUCUUGCGUACCUUGAGCAUGUCGUGGACCGUCACGACCUUCGCAAACACAUGCAGUUCGACACCCGUGUGCAGUCGGCCAACUGGAACGAGCACGACUACACUUGGAAGGUUGAGACGAGCCAAGGCACUUUCAUCGCUCGAUACUUGAUCACAGCGGUCGGACUUCUCGUCGAGCCCAAUUGGCCUAAUAUCCCUGGCCGAGAGGCGUUCAAAGGCGAGCUGUAUCACACUGCGCGAUGGCCCGACAGCUAUGAUCUUAGCAAAAAGAGGGUUGGCGUCGUUGGUAACGGCGCGACUGGUGUUCAACUGAUCUCGAAAAUCGCGUCAGAGGUCGGCUCACUGCUUUCCUUCCAGCGACAUCCCCUGUACGUCGUGCCUGCCAACCGACGGGCAGUCACACAGGAAGAGCGCACGGACAUCAACGAAAGAUACGACGAGAUAUGGCAGCACGCGCGAGACAGCAUUUCAGGAAUGGGUGUCAAGGAAAGCACAACGAGCGCAAUUGGCCUGUCGCCUGGGGAGACAGAACGCGUCUUCCAAGCGGCCUGGGACGAAGGUGGGCCCUUUCGAUUCGCGCUGGGGACUUUCGGAGACAUGAUGACUUCGCGGGAAUCAAACGAGGCUGCCUGCGACUUUAUCAAGGCCAAAAUUCGCCAGAUUGUGCGCGAUCCGGAGAAGAGACGCAAACUGACUCCGACCGAACUGUACGCCCGACGACCCCUCUGCGGCAUUGACUACUACGAGCAGUUCAAUCGGGAGAAUGUGGACAUUGUCGAUGUGGCAGCAAACCCAAUCGUUAAGUUUACAAGCGACGGACUCAAGCUCGCCGAUGGAACCGAACACAAGCUGGACGUGAUCAUCUGCGCAACCGGGUUCGACGCGAUGACCGGAUCGUACAACAAGAUCGAUUUUGUCGGGCGCAAUGGCAUCACGCUCAGGGAGCACUGGGCAAAGGGACACUCGACGACCCUUUCGAUCGCUACAGCCAGCAUGCCGAAUCUGUUCAUGGUGGGCGGUCCCACCACGCCUCUGGUCAAUCUCCCCAUCGCGCUGGAAGUGGACGUUGAGUUUAUCACAAAGGCUAUCUUGCAUGUAGAGGAACGACGGAAGAAGCAUGGAAAUGCUGCCAUGGUCUCGACGCAGAAAGGAGACGAUGAAUGGCAAGGGUUCUGCGACGCCAUCAGCGACGCGUUGUUGUUCAAGACGGCUCCCUCGUUCUACUUUGGGGCCAACGUCGAGGGGAAAGUACGGAUGACAUAUAUGUUCUUUGGAGGGAUGGGACUCUUUAUCCAGAAGCUGAAGGAGUGCGAAGAGAGCGGCUACAGCUCGUUUGAAUUCCUAGAGUAG